UCAUGGGCACCUGGGCCUUCCCCGCAGCCCUUUUCCUGCUCUGCCUGACUUCUGAAAGCCUGCAAGGCGGGCUGCCUUCAUUGUCGUCUGGCCUAGGAAAAGGCUUAGGGAGCCCGAAUGGCUACAGACCAGGAUUUGGGGACAGGAAUGGCCUGGGAGUCCAGCCAGGCAUUGGAGGGGGGAAACCCCACAAGCCAGGGUUUGGGAAUGGGAUCGGGCAUGGAGCAGGGGCCUUCCCAGGUGCCGCAGCCCAACCAGGCUUUGGAGGGGGGGUGAAGCCCCAGAAGCCAGGCCUGGGAGGGGGAGUGAAACCUCCGAAGCCUGGAUUCGGGAUCACAAAUGGUGUAGGAACCAGCACUUUUCCGGGGGCAGGAUCCAGGCCAGGCCUGGGAGGGGGGAUGAAACCUCAGAAGCCAGGAGUCGGAGCGGGUGUGAAACCUCCGAAGCCAGGUGAGCCCUACCCAGUCCCCCUGUCCCUGUAG